GGGACCCUCCUCCUCCUCCUCCCUCCUCAACCUUCAUGGCAUGAACUCUGUCUGUAUUCAGUUCGCUUACCAAGGUAACAGAGGUGAUAAGCGGAGCCGAGAGAUAAAAGAAAUGUGGUUUCCGUUCCUCCAGAAGAGCCGUAGCGACCGACGUGUGAGGCAGCGGUGUGUUUAUGGACAUGGUUUCGUUAUCGUUCCGUUUCUGUGAGGGUAACAACUGCAUGUUAUCACCUUUUAAAAGAAGGGUCAGAGCGAUUGUACACUACAGUAACUGGAGUGGUUUAAUAGAAAUUAUGGUUACCCUGGUGACUCAGACCAGAUGAAGCCUCGUGUGAGAUGAUCAGGAUGAAGUCCACACGGAGCUUCAUGUUUUUAAUUUGUCCCGUCAUGGUGCUGAUAUUCCUCUACUAUUCGUCUGGCAAACUGCACCUACGGAGCCCAGUCCAGAAAUCUCAGGCUGGUUUGGAUAGGUUACGCUCCGUGGAACGUAUGGUUUCAGGGUACGACAAGCAGGGAUUCCUUACCAAGCUUGACAGAAACCUGCCCCUGGAGCUGCAGUAUAAAUAUGGCAAUCUCAGUAAAGGAGAGUGUAAACCGGGUUACGCAGAGGCCAAGAUGACUUCAAUCUAUCCAAAGUUUAAAAAACCAGCCCCCAUGUUUCUUGAUCCAAAUUUCAGGCGGCUAUCAAACAUCAGCAAUUACAUGCCUCCGUUUGGAAUUAAAACACAAGAAAAGAUGAUUGAUGGUAUUCUAAAAAGAACAAAGACAUAUUCAAUGGGUUCAGGACUGGACAGUAUGAUGUGUAAGAAGUGUAUUAUUGUCGGCAACGGAGGUAUUCUGUUCAACAAGUCCCUGGGAUCCCAAAUCGAUCAAUAUGAUGUUGUUGUAAGACUUAACCAGGCUCCAAUCGCUGGUUUCGAGAAGGAUGUCGGCACAAAGACCACCAUGCGCAUCACUUACCCUGAAGGAGCCAUCCAGAAAAGUGAGCACUACGAGAAGAGCUCACUUUUCGUCUUGUCUGCCUUUAAACCCGUAGACUUCAAAUGGCUGCAAUACAUGUUGUCCAAGGUUAAACCGCGGAGUAUGGAGGGGUUCUGGAAGUCCGUAGCACGUUUCGUUCCCAGAGGCCCAGAAGAUAUACGGAUCCUGAACCCGUAUUUUAUCCAAGAAGCAGCUUUCAAAUUCAUCGGCCUUCCGCACAACAAUGGCGUCAUGGGAAAAGGGAAUAUUCCUACAUUGGGUACUGUUGCGAUCACGAUGGCCCUUCAUAACUGUGAUGAGGUGGCGGUGGCCGGAUUCGGAUAUGACAUGAGCAAUCCUCAUGCACCUCUGCACUAUUAUGAGAAACUCAUGAUGUCUGCAAUCAAAGAGUCCUGGACACACAACAUAUUCAGAGAGAAAGAAUUUCUCCGAAAGCUGGUGAAGGGGGGCGUCAUUCAAGACCUGACCAAUGGGAUUUGACGACACUUUUCCGUCACGCAGCCGAUAGACAGUAUUCACCAAAUCACUGGUGACCGGCAUCCCAGCCGACGGACUCACACUAAUGCGAGCCAUCAAACAUCCAGAGAUGUUUGGGCCGAUCGCAUGAUGCGCGCCGGAGGAAGCGACCUCACCCCAUAUGCUGGACGGUAUCCAUGGCAACCUCACCUCAAACAUGGUAACGCUUGUUUUUAAGAUGCCACGUCGGCGAGAAAGAGUCCGUCCCCGUGUGGUGCGCCGCCCGACAGAGACUGGAAACGUGCUGCUUUCUCCUGUUUUUUUUUUUUACUCCAGUGUAUUAAGUAUUUAUUAGACAGUAUUUUAAUCACGUCAUUAAGACGCUUUAUUUUGUUAGCUGAUUCAGCUUGAAUGCUUUAAUACUGUUUUCUUCAAUCUCAGGCUAUGCACAACAGCACAACAACACACAAUGAUUGAUUGUCACUGUUGAUUUUCUGCUGCUCUUCUGACGUGUGCCAUUAAACCAAUCAGCAUCCACUCGUUUUCUGCGCCUUGCACAUGUAUUUCCAUCUCUGUGUAUAUCCAGAUCAUGAGACCAGGCUGAUUAAAGUAUAAUCAAGAUUUCUACA